AUGGAAGAAGUGCAAAGGCAUAUCAAACUAAGCAAAAAACAAACAACCCCAGUUGUGUUGGUCGUAGGGGACCCUGGUAGAGUAGACAAAGUUAAGGUAUUAUGUGAUUCAUAUGUAGAUUUAGCAUAUAACAGAGAAUAUAAAAGUGUAGAAUGUACAUAUAAAGGUCAAAAGUUUUUAUGUGUUAGUCACGGAGUUGGAUCAGCUGGGUGUGCUAUAUGUUUUGAAGAAUUAAUGAAUAAUGGAGCCAAGGUCAUUAUUCGUGUAGGCUCAUGUGGUUCUUUACAACCAGAUGCAAUAAAAAGAGGAGAUAUCUGCAUAUGUAAUGCAGCUGUAAGAGAAGACAGAGUAUCACAUUUACUAAUUUAUCCAGAUUUCCCAGCUGUUGCAGAUUUUGAGGUUUAUGACACAUUAAACAAAGUAGCACAAGAAUUAAAUGUCCCUGUUUCGAAUGGAAUUACUUUAUCAUCCGAUUUAUAUUAUCCCCAUAAUAUAAUUCCAACCAAGUUACAGGACUAUUCAAAAGCAAAUGUAGCUGUAGUUGAAAUGGAAGCGGCCACUUUGUUUGUUAUGGGAACUCUUCGAAAAGUUAAAACCGGUGGAAUUUUCAUUGUUGAUGGUUGUCCAUUAAAGUGGGAUGAAGGAGAUUUUGAUAAUAAUCUUGUACCCGACAGACUUGAAAAUAUGAUUAAAAUAUCUUUAGAAACUUGUGCCCGUAUGGCAAAGAAGUAUUAG